AUGAUAGUCAGAAGAGAUCGCAUUCAUCAUCAAGGCAAAACUAAUCGAGACUUCAAGAUGUAGGAUUCAUUGAAAAAUACUUCACAUAAUCAAAAUAGUUCUUUGGAUGGAGAUAGAAUCGCUACAUUAUCUAUUCCGAAAAAUAAGAAGUUCUCUGAAAUCUUAGACCAAAAAUCUAAAAGAAUUGUACAAUGCAAAGAUCCAGUUGAUGAAACUAAAACAUCUGCCAAAAAAUUUUACUAACAUCAUUUGAUCGGCUACCCAAGAUCCUCCAAUUUAGAAGAGAAGGAAUUGAUGAAACGAGUGUUUUGUGGUGAUUCUAAUACACUCUUCUUUGAUGAGGAACACAGACAAAGUUAAGAAGGUCCAAUUCAUACUAAAUAGGAGUAAAAGGAGAAAUUGGCUUAACAGAAAAGAGAGGAGAACACCACAGGAAUUCAAGAAACCUAAUUAGUGGGUUUGGAAAAUAAGAAUACACUUGAAGGCAAAGUAGAUCUAGAAAAAGUUAGAGAUAUCAGAAGAGCUAUAAGAAGAAGAUAUGCCAAUAGAAAAAACUUCUAAAAGAUCUUCAAUUUGUGGGAUGAAGAUUCUAAUGGUGCUGUUAGUGUUAAGAAUCUAUACAACAUGAUAUAAAGAUUAGGCAUAAAUAUUAACAUCGAUGAGGCAAGAGUCCUAUUGGCUAGUGCUGAUAUGGAUGGUUCAAGUGAUUUAGGAUUAGAUGAGUUUCUGGAUCUCAUUUUCAAUGAUAAGGAUGCUCUUAAUGUAAAUUUAAAGGCAUUGCCAGCAUUAACUGAGGAUGAAAAGGAUUCCUUAGUCAAAAACUAGGAGACCAUUGAUUAUCUCAGAAAGGAUGCUAUGCAGGCUAGAGAUAGAAGACAUUAAAAUCAAGUCAAUCUCAUUCUUAAAAACAGAUUAUAAUAAUUGGGACAAUAACUAACUAUGUAGGAUGAGUUGUAGAAAGGAUACAUAAGUUAUGGAAGAUUUGAAAGAGUCAUUAAGAAAUUAGAAAUAGAUCCCAGUAUAUUAUCUGAAUAGGAUCUCAAAAUCCUGUAUGAGAAUUUUAAAAACCAAGAUGACACCUUUGAUUAUAAAAAGUUCUUAAAUCAUUUGAAAUCAUUCUAAUUGAAGGAAGAAGUUUACGACGAUCCGUAUCUAAACAAAAACCAAGAACCAGUAGAUAAAAAGUAGUUGUUACUAAAAAGUAUGAAAUAUUAAGAGGAUCAACUCAUUACACUAUUUGACAUCACAAGAUUAGAUGCCUACUCUUUGGAGAAGAUGAAGAAGAAGACUAAGACCCUUGUGAAUAAGAUUUAGAGAUAUAUCCCAUCGCAAACUAAAUUUGAAGAAUUUCUAAAAGGUAAAAUCUAAGGGAAUAAUGUGAAUGUGAAGGAGUUCUCUCAUGUGAUCGUGCAAUUCUUGGAAAGUGUUAAUGAAAGAUACUAAAAGUUCGAUCUUGAAAGCAUGCUCAGUGUAUUGCAAUUUGGCCAAUAUGAAACAUAAAAAGCUGACGAAAUUGUUAGGAUAUUGUUUAAUGAAACUGACUAGGAAUUUUAUGAUAGAGCUUAAUUGAGAUAAAAGGGACCAGCUCCUCCUGAAAAGGUAUCCAAAGUUGACUAACCACUUCAAGCUAUCGAAAAUAAGGAAUAAGAUAUUGAAAAAUAAAUCUAGUUUUAUAAUUAGGAAGCAGGAAUGACGUGGUACCUACCUAACCAAACUAAAGAAUUAUCAGAUGUAUUGAUGAAAGUUGAGAACUCUCUGUUUAACAAAUCCGAAAGAGCCUAUAAACUAUUUAAAGAUUUUGACAAAGAUAAGGAUGGAUACAUCUCGCAGUAGGAUAUGAAAUAGAAAUUCGAGGAGAUGAAUAUACUCAAUGGACAGGAAAUCGGAAUAUUAAUUAAUUAUGUUGAUCCGACUAACAAAGGAUAUGCAACCUUCAAUGAAUUUCAUGAGAAACUCAGAGCUGGAAUGACCAUCUUCGAUACUGCAGGGAAUCAGUUGAUUUCAAUUAAUAGUUAACCUGGAAAGACUUUUUAAAGUGCAGCCAAAGCCUUCUUACCUGAAUUGUCAAGAUUAACUGAAGAAUUCAAAAAACCUUUUAGACCCCAAACAAAUCAUACCGAUAUCAGGCCUUCCACUAGGUUUGGAGCCACUCCUGCUUUCAAAAACACGUUUUAAAACUUUGUUCCUCCGAAGACUUCUCCUAUGUUCAUGACUCAGGGGGAGAGAUUCUCAAAAAACAGGGAAUAAUUCAUUUAGGAUGAGAAAAGUCAGAACAACCAAAAAUACGAAAGCAAACUUAAUAGAAUACGACAAUAUCAUCAAUCUAUAGAAUAAAGAAUUUAAUCUGCAUAAGAGUAAAGGGAUUAGAAGGAUGCAAGCAAUUUAAAAUCAAAAUAAAUGGCACAAUGGACAUAUGAACAUAAAGCCCAUCUUAAAAAUGAUUAUUUAUGA